GCGACGUGUCGUUUGUUUACAGCGGAUGCUAGCGCCGUUAGCUCCGUUAGCUCCCGUCAUGACCAUGGACAUCACGCUGCUGUUUAAGGCCAGUGUGAAGACCGUGAAGACCCGGAACAAGGCCAUCGGGAUCGGCUCCGGGAAAGACGAAAUCCUCCGCCGCGGCCGAACCAAGAGCGGCUUCUGUUCCCGAGCGAGAGACGUGGUCACAAACAUCUCCAAACUCAAAGACUUCCUGCUGCAGCAUCGGAAAGACUACGUCAGUGCCGGAAGUCUGGUGUCCUGUGAGGUGAGUCGUAUGACGGACAGUGAGAGGGACCAGAUCGAUCAGGACGCUCAGAUCUUCAUGAGAACCUGCUCCGAGGCCAUCAGGACGCUUAGACAUGAAGCAGAGAAACCGUCAGGAUCAUCUCAGACCAAAGACCACAGAGGAGCAGUGCUGGACCUGAUCGAGUCCUACCUCAAGAAACUCACCAACACCGCCAACGCCGCCAGCGCCACCACUGAGCAGACCAAAGAGAGGGCACCAGACCCUGUCUCUGCAGAGCGCCCCGUGGACCCGUCUGAAGACCCGUGGACGGGGGGGUUUGAGGAUGAGGACCUCUCCCCGGAGGAGAUCCAGAUGUUUGAGCAGGAGAACCAGCGGCUCGUCAGUGAGAUGAACAGUUUGGUGGACGAAGUCAAGCAGAUCGAGGGGAAGGUGGUGGAGAUCUCACGGCUGCAGGAGAUCUUUGCAGAGAAAGUCCUUCAACAGGAGACGGAGAUCGACAACAUUCACCAGCUCGUGGUCGGAGCCACAGAGAACGUCAAAGAAGGAAACGAGGACAUCAGAGAGGCGAUUAAAAAUAACGCCGGCUUCAGAGUGUGGAUCCUGUUCUUCCUCGUCAUGUGCUCCUUCUCCCUCCUCUUCCUCGACUGGUAUGACGGCUAACCACUCUGCUACGGCGGGAGGCUAACCACUCUGCUACGGCGGGAGGCUAACCACUCUGCUACGGCGGGAGGCUAACCACUCUGCUACGGCGGGAGGCUAACCACUCUGCUACGGCUGGGACCUGCGGAAUGAACUAAACCUGAACACCGUGAGCUGGAGGAUGUUCCACAGUGGAGCUUUAAACUCUGGACUGAAUGGGGAGCUACAGCACUGACCUUUGACCUCCGACAUCAGAAAAUCCUGUCAAACAAUUUCCACGACAAACGUUCUCCUGCCGCACCUCAAGUCAAAAGAACGAGUUAAAGAAUGAGUUUGAAGAACAUCUGAAACGGGUUCAAAUAAACUCACAGAUCCAAAUGUUUCCUCUGGAUUAAAGCUCCUGCUCCUCACACACAGAGCUGGAGUUGUGUUUGUUUGUUUGUUUGUUUAUUCUGACUCUGUUACAUCUCCAAAGAUCCAAACGCUCUGUUCCACCUUGUGAUGUCAUCAAGUUCUCAGCUCCUUUUCCCUUUAGUUGAGUUGAGAUCGACGACUCCAGGACUGGAAUGAUCCAGAUGAUUCUAGUGAAGGUGUGUGGCGUUUAAAAACACAGUGGAGCACUUCCUGUAUCACCACAUGAUGACAUCACAAGGUGGAACAGAGUGUUUUGUCAUGUUAAAUGUGCAGGUUUGUGUGUUAAACAUGUGAAUGAAACAAACACAGCUCCAGGUCUGUGUGACCAGGAAACCACCUUAGAACAGAGCAGAGGAUCAUGGGACAUUUUAAAACGUUCUUGAGGUUGAGAUGAACUGAAACGAGACUGAAGUGAAACAGGAGACAGAAUAAACCUGAGCUGUAUCGACCCGUGUGAUGUGCCUCUGUUAGUCUCUGUAAUAAACCUUUUCACACAG